CUUCCCACAACAACUGAACCCCUGCCCACAACAACCACAGCUACUGCUACAACAUCCGAAGAACUUCCCACAACAACUGAACCACUGCCCACAACAACCACAUCUGCUCCCACCCCUACAGCAGCUCCCACAACCAUAAUAGCUUCCAUUACUACCAGCACAGCUUCCCCCCCAAAAAACACAGCAACAUUAAUGACAUCUACAGCAGCAGCUACGACAAGUACAGUUGUAGCUACAACCACGACAGAUGCAGCCACAACAACCACAACCACAGCUGCUGCAACAACAAUAACAACAGCUACAGCAACAACACCCAAAACCUCGCCUUCAUCAACCACAGCUGACGAUACAACAACAACAACAAUAGCUACAGCAACAACAUCCAAAACCUCACCCACAACAACCACAGCUGCUCCCACUACAAACACAGCUGCUCCCACAACAACCACAUCUGCACCAACCACAACCACAGCAUCUCCAAUAACAUCUAUAGCAGAGGCUUCAACAAGUACAGCUGAGGCCACAAAAACUAAAAUUGCACCAACAACAACCACUUCAUCUUCCACAACCACAGCAUCUUCAAUAACAUCUAUAGCAGAGGCUUCAACAAGUACAGCUGAGGCCACAAAAACUACAAUUGCACCAACAACAACCACUUCAUCUUCCACAACAACAACAGCUGCUCCCACAAAAACAACUGCUGUUGCUACAACAACAAAAGCUACAGCAACAACAACCAAUAUCCUGCCCACCUCAACCACAUCUGCUCCAACUACAACAGCAGAUUCACCCACAAUAAGCACAAUUGUUCCCACAACAGCAGCAGAUCCACCAACUGAAGUGUUUCCCACAACCACAGCUGCUAUGACAACAAAAGCUGUAUCCACAACAACCACAGCAACUCCAACAACAAUCCCAGCUGCUGCUACAACAACAUUUGUGGCAUCAACACCCAAAACUCUACCCACGACAACCACUGCUGCUCCCACAACAAACUUAGCUGCUCUCGCAACAACCACAUCUUCACAAAUCACAACCAAAGCAACACCAUCUACAGCUGCACAAACAACAACCACAGUUUCUCCCACAACAACCACAGGUGCUCUCACAACCACUGCAAAUCCCACAACAACUUCACUUACAACAACUGCAUAAACAACAACCACAGCCCUGACCACAACUACCACAGCUGCUCCAACAACAAUCACAGAUUCACCCAAAACAAACACAUCUGCUUCCACAACUACAGCAAGUCCCACAACCACAACAACGUCCCUUACAACAACUACAGCUGGUCCCACAACGAUCACAGUAGCACCAAUGAUGUCUACAUCUGGGGCUACAACAAAUACAGCUGCACCCACAACAACUACAGCUUCUCCCACAACAAUCACAGCUUCUCCCACAACCACAACAGCUUCCCUUACAACCACAGCUGUUUCCACAACAACUACCGCUAUCCCCACAACAACAGCUGCACCCAAAACAACCACAGCUGCUCUCACAAUAACCACAGCUGUCCCCACAACAAACACAGCUACUCCCAUAACAACCACAGCUGCUCUCACAAUAACCACAGCUGUCCCCACAACAAACACAGCUACUCCCAUAACAAACACAGCUGAUCAAACAACAACCACAUUUACACAGAUGACAACUACAGCUCCUGUUAAAACAACAGUGGCUCCCACAACAACAGGAGCUCCCACAACAACCACAGUUUCUCCCUCUACAACAACAGCUGCCAUAACAACAACAGCAACAACAAAAGCUUAUGUAACAACCAUCACUACUAGCCCUACCACAAUUACAGCUAACCUCACAACAACCACAGGUGCUCCAACGACCACCACAGCUGCAUCCACAGCUACCACAGCUGCAUCCACAACCACAACAUUUGCACUAACAACAUCCCCAGCUGCUGCUAUGACAACAACAGCCACCCCUACAACAACUACAACUGCUCCCACAACAACCACAGCAGUGCCAACAUCAACCACAGCAGCUCCCACUACACUCACAGCUUCACCAUCGACAACCACAGUUGCUGCAAAGACCACCAACACCCACCACACAACAACCAUAGUUUCAGCCACAACAACCACAGCUGCUGUAACUACCACAGCUACAGCUGCACCAACGUCAACUACAGCUGCUAAGACAACAACAACUGUUUCCCCAACCACCGCAUCCACAAACCCUCCAACGUCAAAUGAAGGUGUACUUAUUCUAAAGUUCCGGUUGAACCGUACGUUUAUGGAAGCCUACAAAGAUUCAAAUUCCUUGGAUUACAUUACUUUGGCGUUAAAUGUCACAACUGAGUUGACUCGAGGAUACAAAAAUGUAUAUCCUGUGAUCUUCCUCAGAUGCAUCAUCAUCAGUUUUUGGUCUGGGUCUGUGGGUGUGACAACCAACUUGAUCUUCACACGCCAGUCUGUGGUCCCUAACGUUACAAAUGUAGAGGACUCCCUCAAGACAUCCAUCAACACGUCCACAGUUUUCUUAGAUGUUAUUCCUGGCAGUAUCAAAGCUGAACUCCGGAACUCGACAACUAAUGCUACGACUACAGCUACGACUACAGCUACGACUACUGCAACCACCACGACAGUCACGCCAGCAGCAACCACAAACACUACAGAGGGUUCAAAUACCUCCAGCAGCGCUAUGGCAAGAAACAGACCUCAAGAAAUGGUCACUAUAUUACUUGCUUCAAUACUGAUCUAUUUCUUCUGAACAAAAUAACUCUAGUACUCAAUUAAACCCAUUAAGCUGAUAAUGUAAUGAAGCUAAUUCUGCCACAAUACCAGAACAUGUAUCAUUGUGAAAUUGUGUGAUGUUCUGCUAUUUAAUAUUUACAUUUUGUUUUAGUAUAUUGCAAUAGCUUAUGAAUAAUGUAAUAUCAUUUAAAUGAAAUUAACCAAUUAAAUUAUGAAAUAAGCAUGUAAACCUUAUUGUCUAUUCUGUCAUCUAUAUUUUUCCUUAUUGUAACCCAACUCCAGCCAUACGUUGUAAUCUUUGGAAAUGGCUUUGAAAACCCUUGAAUAAAUGUUGCCAUAUAAAACCGUAUACCAAUAAACAUGUAUUAACAAAUACCCUUUAGAUAGUAGAUGUAUUGUAAUAACACUGAAAUAAACUCAAAUGAAUCUUA